AUGCAAGAGGCCGUGAGACGUCACCAGCUUGCCUUCGACCUCUACUUGGCCCGGAAGUUCAAGGAGGCUAUGGAAAAGUUCGAGGAGGUGUCUUCUCUCCUCGCGGUCGCGGACAGACCAGAUGAUGAGACGUCCAACAUGAUGAUUUGCAGAUGCGAGGAGUACAUGAAGAAUCCUCCACCGCCCGAGUGGGAUGGGGUGGAGCAUCUCAAGUCAAAGUCGCACACCACUCAGGUCGAAUUCAGCAUGUCAGUGGGUAAAUUGCUCAUAGACCGUCGCGGACCGUCCCGUGUCACCUCAGACCGUGUUACCACGUCGGAAAUGUCAAGCCUCAAUUGA